AUGACUGGUUUAUCAGUUACAACUGAAACGCAACAUGAUGAGAGUUUAGACAAUGGUGUCUUGAAAGGUACAUCAUCGGCAGAUUCUAUCACGACAAAUGACACAGUUGGCAAACAAUCUUCUUGCGAAAGCCCAUUAUCAAAUAUGUUACCAAAAAUUGAUCCAAACAUAUCACAAUACACGUUAAGUGAGGUGACAAGGGUAGUUAAAAACGUUAGACAACUAUUAACCGAUGAAGAUGAAAACGACGAUCAUGAUUAUUCAAUACAAGGGUUAACGUGUGUUGAGCCAUCUAGAUCGUCAUUUAAAAGCCAAGAAAAUACACAUGAAACUCGUACAGAAACACUUUCAACUGAGUCCACUUUAGCAAAAUUAACAACAGCAAACGACGUAAUGCCUAAUCAACAUAAAUUUGAUAUAAGUGAAUCCGAACUUAAAUAUUAUUUGAAUGACUGUGAUCAGUUAAACAAAUUAAAACGAUCAAGAAGUGAACCUCUAUCAGCGAUAAAAGCACUGAUACGAACUUCACAUCGGCUACGCAGACAUCAGAUAGAAAAGGACAAAACAUUAAGUAUUGAACAGAAAAUAAACAAAUAUCCAGAAUUAUUGGAUGAAAGAAUGAUAUGA